CAAUUUCUCUGUCGACCCUCCGCGAUCAAAGUGCAGGCAGAACGCUGAGACUCUGGACCGCCUCGCGAACAAAGGCAAGUGCGGCGGCCGAAGGCGGCUGCUUCUGGACGAGCUCUCCUUUUGAAAGCCGUCUUUCUUCCAUGCGAAAACAUUUUUUUCCUGCAGAAUUCGGAGUCCUGCCGUGACAGAGGACGGCGGUUUCCCUCCGAUGGGUAUCUGCCGGCGCACCCCUUUCUUCGUCUCCUUCUUCUGUCGCGUUUUUCUUUCUCCCAGAAGCGCAAACCUCUGUGCUGUCUCUCUCUUUUCUCUUUCGAGCUGCAGGAAAGGCGGCGACCGCGAGGGAGAGUCUGGCGACGCAGAGCGACAGACUCGUUCGGGAGAUUUAGGGAGCAGAAUCGUUCUGCUCUCAAGGGUCUCUUUUUCCUGCGCUCCAACGCGAUCUGGAAAACGCCGCGAUUUCCACUUCCAAUCGUCGGUGUCAAACAGCUGGUGCGUGGUUGCCGACGCGCUUGACUGUCUCAAAAAAGGAGACGCUCUCUACUUUUUCGCGUUUCUCCUUUUCUCUGGCUGCAUUCUCGAUAUCCCUUCUGUUUACCCUUCCUUCUGCGAAAACAGAAAGUCCAUUUUUCGUAAGUUUCGGCGCCACACAGGCCGGUGCCUCAAAGUUGCCGCGUCUCCACUUUCUCCGGUCUUCACGCGAAAAAAAAGAAGAUCUCUUCCUUCAUUCGGUCCACCAUCGCGUUCUUCGCGUUCUUCCUUUUCUCCUCGAAGCCCCGUCCUCCUCUCAUUUUCCUUCUCUCAUUUUCCUUUUUCUCUCCCUCGGCUGUUCUCGUCUUCCCCCGUUUUCUCUCUUCUUCUGUCUCGUCUCUUCCCUCUUCCAAUUGGCGUCUCGCCGGUGGUCGCGAAGGCCGCGAUGUAGCUCGCAUGCACCUCGGAGCGCGCCUCUGCGGCUUCCUUUUUCCGAACUGCGCAGAACUCGACACCCGACCAUGUCUUCUCUUCCGCAACAGCUUUUCGGCGCAGAUCCGUCGGACGCGACGUCAUGUCUCCAUUCCAGAGACAGCGGGGCCUCCCAGCGCGAACGCUUGGGAGAAACGAGAUCCGCGGCGAAUCUGCCUGCGAACCGCCACAGCAGAUCCCGAGAAGGGGAGGAGGUAGACACUGAAGAAAGCAGCUUCGAACUGUCUCCCGAAAAAGAGCCCAGCGGCAGAAAUGCAGAGAGCCAAGAGGCAAACGAAGACCUUGAGGAAGCGGUGGCUCUCGCGCUGGACUCUGGAAGCGGCUUCUUCUACUCUCGCAGAGCGUCUGAGGCUCCUCCAGGUCGAGGAAACAGAGAUUGUCUAUCGUCUUCCCCAGAUGGUCCUUCACAAGAUCAAGGCUUUUCUCUGAACUCCGACACUGGGCCGCGUAUCGGGUCCUCCUUGUCUUUUUCAAAUACAAACGACCCUUCGUGUCUGUCCUCUUCAACCUCUUCAAGGCAACUCUCACCUUACAUUGGUGGUGCUCCUUCUUCUUCUUUCUCCUCCUCUUCUCUCCCUUCUUCUUUCUCUUCUUCUCUCCCUUCUUCUUUCUCUUCUUCUCCCCCUUCUCCUUCUCUCCCGUCUUCUUCUCUCUCUUCUUCUCUCUCUUCUUCUCUCUCUUCUUCUCUCUCUUCUUCUCUCUCUUCCUCUCAUCUAGCUCAAGCGCACCUUUCUGAAUCUGGAUUUGCGUCAACUUCGUCCACGGAGGCUCUGCAGUGGCCUGCAUCUGCUGCCGGCUGUCGCGCAGCGUCUCUGUCCUCCGAACAAGAUUCGGACUUCGUCUCGCCCUCUGUCUCUGUGUCGCGGCCUUCCGCGGGUGCCGCUGGGAACGCGCGGUCGUUCGCUGUCGGCGUUUCUCGUCCGCGUCCUCGAGUCACGGCGCGCAACUCUCACGCAGCCUCGGGGGAGACAGAAGACGUUUGUGUGGAGACGCCGGACGCAGACAGAGAUGCACCAGAGCGAAGUGACAGCCGAGAAGCCGGCGCCGGAAGCGCGAGGAAACUUGCAUUGAAACUCCUCGCCAGCGACUCGGAAGAAGAAGGGAGAAACUGUAGAAUGGGCGCUGCUGCCGGUCGACCCCGGCUGAGUGGGGAGACUGUAGACGAGGCGGAGAACACUGGCCAAGGCGCGGCCCUUCCGCGAGAGUUUCCGUCGCUCGUUCUUCCUUUUGGCGUAUGCCGAAACGCGUCCUUCGACUCUCCUCGUCUCCCGCCCUCCGUCUCCCCCUCUGCAGCUGCUUGCGCCUCCGACGCAGCGUUUUCCCCACGGAUGCACUCACGGAGAGACAGUCCAGAGGAGACACUUGAAGAUAAAGGGAGAGAAGAAGAAGAGACGAAACAAGAAGGAGAAGGAGAAGAGGAGGAUCAUCGUGGAGAUUUGCAUCGUCGGCGGAGUCGAUCAGAGGAGCAGCCGUCUGUUGAAGCAAAGAGAAGAAGAGCUCAGAAGGAAGCCUGUGAAAUGUCGAGCGCACCCCAAGAAGCGCCAAAAGAAUUUAACUUUCCUCAAACACAGAGCGCCGUUCGCAGCGACGCAAUCGACGAGUUGUCGUGGGCGGAAAGUCGGAUGCGCCAAGUCCCCGGCCAGGGGACCCCGAGCGAGGAGCUGUCCGAGUCUGAGGAGCCAGUUCAACAGCAGAGCCGCGUCGCAGUGCGUUACAUCGACAGCCCAAGAGACGAACGCGAAGAAGCCUCUCAGGUCGUUGCACCGGGAGUCGCUUCUGCGGAGCCGCUUUCUCUGCGAGGGACAUGUUCGUCCGUUCUCGGCUGCGACGGAGGCCGCCAGGGGGUUUCUCCAGUCCCCGGCGGUGUGGAGGUUUCUCGUUCUUCUCUCACUGCUCACAGUGAACUGGAGGAGCGUUUCGAGGGAGUGCGAGAACCUCUUUUCGGAGUGGAAGACUCUCGUCUGGAAGAGACGGAGACGGUGCAGCGCGAGCGCGAGGAAGACGCAGAAAGCGUGGAGGAAAUGGGAGUUCACCACGCAGCAAUCAGCGUCGACAGCGGAGACGACGACGACAUUGCAGUGCUCGACUCGGCUGGCGAGGCGACAGAGGCUCCCGAGGUGGACGCCGACCACGAGGCCGAAGAUGAAAAGGACGAAGAGCAGGAGACGGAACAGCUCUCCGCGAGGCUGUCUCCACGACCCGGAAGUGUCUCCGCCUCGGUCUCUGUGUCCGGUGAAACAGGGGCAGAGGAGGACGAGGGUGGAGAGGACCUGGAGAUCAUCGCUGUCGAGGAGGAAGACGAUGAGGCCGUCGAGUUUAUCCGAGAAGAUCAAAACAGUCGCCUACGCCGGGGGUUCGGUGGAGACGCGUUCGAUUUCUCGCGGUUUCCAGCGCCCCAGGAGGCCCGCGCUGCCUCAGUGUCUCCGCCGCUCUCCGGGGUCUCUCAGGCCUUCAGCGCGGCGUCUCGGGCGACUCCGGAGACGGCGUCGCAGCCUGAGGACGAUGUCCAUGUGCCGCGGUGCGCGAUCUGUCUCCUGAACCUGAAGCGCAGACACACAGACGUUUUUCGUUUGAUGGAGGAGCUGGAAGAAGAAGAGGCGGAACUGAGUGGACGACGAGGGUCUGGAGAGAAGGCGGACGGCGACGGAGCUGGACCUGGAGAAGACGGCGCGCCGGCAUCUCCGCGUCGGACAGGAGAGCAAGAAGGGGGCACAGAGGUCCAGGCGGAGCCGGCGGUCGGCGAAGAGACCGAGAGCUGGAGCCCCGGGAGGGGACGCGCUCGACGGCGACGCGGGGCCGGUCGAAAGGGAGAGAAGUCCGCGGUCGAUAGGGCAGCACAGAGACGAAAGUACACAGAGAAGUUCCGGGCGCUCUACUCGCCAGAUGACAACGAUCAAACCAUGGUCACGAUCUGUGGGCAUGCUUUCUGCAAAGGAUGUCUCGAGCAUGCGCUCAUGGUCAAAAAGGAGUGCCCAGUGUGUCGACGAAAACUCCACGGGAGUCGACAGUACUUUCCUGUCUUUUUCUGACUCUCCAGUUCAGACCUCGCAUGCAUCGUGUGAAGCAAACGUUAGAACAAAGUUCAACCAACCUCCAGAUUGCCGCAUCUACGCUUCAGGAGUAUUACAUGCACAUUUCAUAUAUAUUUAUAUGCAUGCAGCUCGCGUGUACAGCAUACACAUGUGUAUGUACACUAUUCAUAUAUGUGUGCAUAUAUGCAUGUCUCUUAUGUAGGUAGGUCGAGCACUGAUGCGAGUUGUGUGUACGAAGAGGGUGGAAGAGGGAAGGAGAGGAAGGUGGAGAACAGGGAGAGAGUGCGUAAGUGGGUCUGUCGAUUCUGGACUCGAAUGCAGAGGAGAUUCUUGGGGGCUCCGGUUUUUUUUCGAGAGGGAAAUUCGUCAAGAAAAGGAGAAAGGGAGAUGCCGGGCAUGACGCAGAACAGCAGGUUUGAGAGUUGUCGGGGAGAAAAACAUAUUUACAGAGACCGCUGCUGGUUCUUCGGAGUGGAAGAAGAGCGAGCAACGCUCAAGUCGAUUCAGAACGAGUUGCAUGUCAUGGGCUGUUAGUGGGGAGCUGUCUCUUGUCUCAGUCAGAAGUAAAAAGGGCGCGAGUUUGUGUGGUUUUUGUGCCUCUGAAAAGGAAUGCGUUUUCACCUUCUUGUCACGAAGAAGCCCCAGGAAACUCUUGGAUUCUUCAAGAUCUUUGCCCUGUGUGUGUGUGUGUAUGCGUGUACGCCCGAGUUCUUCGGGCCGCGAUACGGAGAGAGGCGUCGACUUUCUCCACUUUCUGUUUCCGCAUGAAGCGACAGACAAGAAGGCUUUCGCGGUCUAGCCUCACAAAACGGAGGGGUUCCCCCAAACACUCGGAUCGCGUUGGCGCUCUGGUCAAUUAGCUUUGCAGCUCUUGUGCCGAUCUUUACUUCACCUGCUCAACCAGUGGAUUAGUCGUGACUCUUUAUUCGACUCCCAUGUCAAUCCAAAGUUCUGUGACUCUGUGUACUCUGGUGGUGGUGUAUCAAAGGGCGUCCAGAGCUGACAAGAGGGUGUUUUAUGUGUCUCCCCAGGCAGAGAACUGACGCUCCGUAGCUAUGUCAAUCCGUUUCGGGGAUGUCAGAAAAAAAAGUCGCUUUUCCUCUUUCGGCGGGGGGGAAGAGACUGCGCCUCUGAAACGGCUGGAGUCGCUGGUAUCGGCUGUUGCUGAAGAGUCUGGAAUCAGGUGGGGGCUUGGAAAUCGCGCAGCAAUCAAGUCAAAGAGUUACUUUUUCGCAGUUGCAAACUCCGCGGACUUGGGGUCUCGGAAAACUUGACAGCCUUUGCAGAGAAACAAACGAAAU